CCUGCUGCAUGAAAGAAAAGCUUUCAGUUGAACAAACUGCGCUCGCUGCACACAGACCACGACAAAGAGCAACUCGCCUCGUCAAUGAUGAUUUAAAGCCUCGUAGAGCAGCGCCUUGUUCUCUUCACCCUCACCGUUGUUCACACAGGAAAUGGAGUUUGCUUGCAGCCAUAUUGUAUGUAACUGGGGCCCAGAUGGAACGGCAGGUAAUUCUCAGUUUGGACCCGACUAUGAAAACAGUACGAUUCUACAAACAGGUCCACUUCCUCCGCCGCUGCCUCCACGCCGCCUGAGAAAACCUCGACCCACUUCCCUUCCCAAUAUGCCUUUUAUCCCCUCCCAACUUCCUGUCACUCCUUUCUCUCUCCCUCCUCCGGUUCCUCCCAGACUUGAUUUGCUGGAAGAAGAAAAUCAUUUUAAGGUCAACAUCAACGUCAUCUCACUUGGUCUUGGAAAACUGACUGACAUGAGCCAAGAUGCAGGUCUGGAGACCUUCCAGAGACCAGUGAUUUGUGAUAAAUGUAGUGCUGCAUUGUCAUGUCUCAGCUCAGUAUGGAAGAAGUUGUGGGUAUGCGAGUUCUGUGGACAUGAAAACGGUGUAGACGAAAGUUUGGCCCAAGUGUGCAUCGGUCAGCGUGCGGGUGUGCGCACCGACGACCUUUACCUGCCGAGCAUGAGCGAAGACGACUACCAGAACCUGGAGGACACGAUGGUUGUUUUCUGUGUGGACAUUUCUGGCAGCAUGACGGUCACAACAAAGGUGACUUCAGACAGCGGCUCAACGCUUCACAUAUCCAGAUUAGAGGGAAUCCAGGAUGCUCUUCAGAGGACGCUAACGUUCACGCUGCAGCGGACGCCGCGCCGUAGGGUGGCCCUCGUCACCUUUAAUGAUGAGGUUGUUAUCUACGGGGAUGGUACUCGGGCUCCGCUCACCAUCAAGGACUGGGCGUUGGUUGACGACGAACACAUCUGGAAACAGACUUUGGGCUACAGUGUCCCUCACUGCAUCGCUGAGACAUACCAACAUCUCACCCAGAGAGUCAAAGAGUUAAGGGAAAAUGGAGCAACAGCUCUUGGUCCGGCAGCAUUAGCUUCAGUAGCUUUAGCAUCAAAAUACCCCGGCUCCAAGGUCAUUUUGUGCACUGACGGCAGAGCCAACAUCGGACUCGGUGACAUGGAGCAAGCUCAGUCCUCUUACUCAGAGGCUUCAUAUUUCUACAGAAAACUGGCUCUGCAGGCGGUAGAGAAAGGAGUCAUAAUCUCAGUAAUGUCCUUUAAAGGGACAGACUGCUGCUUGGCUGACAUUGGGAGACUGGCUGAUGUGACUGGAGGAAGGGUGAACAUUGUUAGCAUCGGCACCAUGGCGACAGAGAUCCAGUCCAUUUCUGAAGACAACGUGUUAGCAACAGGUGUAACUGCAACCCUGCUGGCUCCUGAUGGAGUAUAUUUCCCAUAUGAGGACGAGAACAAUCACAAACUGGUGAGAGAGAUCGGAAACGUAACAAAGGGACUGGAGAUCACCUUCCAGUUUGCUGUGAAACCAGAUUAUAUGGAAUAUUGUCUCCAGAGGAACACGCUUCCAUUCCAGCUGCAGCUCAGCUUCAAGACCAGAGACCAGCAAAAAGUCACUCGCAUCAUUACCGAGCAACGGCCAGUUACCACCAGCAGUCAGAUUCUCCUGGGAAGACUCAACAUGGCGGUGCUGGCCGUCCACUGCGCUCAGCUCUGCGCCGGUUUAACCAUGGAGGGCCGCGUGACCGAAGCACAGAGGCAGCUAGCAGCUCAACAAGACCUGCUUCAUCACAUCAGUAGGUUGCGGCCAAUCCAAAAAGAAGAGAGUAUCUAUGGUAACUGGAUGGAAACCAUGACGACAAUUUGUGACAACAUGAAAGCAGAUUCUAAGUCUCUGUCGGACGAAGCAGCGGAGGUGGUGUACCAGAUGAAGAGAGCCAGAAGCAUCAAGAGCAACUACACGGCUCCUGUCCAGAAAAAGACUUUAGUACGGAAAAAGGUCAAGGAAGCAGUUUAAAAGAAGCUGAUUCUACAGAAAGAGAAACAUACAAUUUAAAUUCAUGAACGGCUUAGUAUUAUUUGUCUAUGUUCUACCUGUGCAAAAGCUGCCAUUUUAACAUAAAGCCAAAACUAUUUUUAUAUUUUAUUUUCAUAGUUUUAUACUGAUGUUCGAGAAUGUGAUAUUUAGAUAACAAAUUUGGGUUGAAUUCAAUCCGAAAUGGAUCAUGUUCUCUGGAUAAAUCAGAGCAGAGCCAUUAAGCCAAGUGUUAUAUUUCUGUUUUAUAGAAAGUUCAUAUAUAAUGUCUCUAUGUUUCAUGUCAAAUAAAGACUUUUAUGUUUUAUUG